CCUGUGUGGAGGUGCUGACCAACGGCGAACAAACUACAAACUACCAAAACAAAGAACGUCACACACUCCAUGUAUAAACCCCCAGCAACCUAAUGGGUAGGAUAAAAAAUCAACAAAAAAAUGCACAUCUCUUCAAGGAACCGCCACUGGUGGUCUAUAAGCGUGGUCGCAAUACUGGAGAUAGUUAGGUGAGAUCUGACCUGCCCCCUGAGCCCACGCAGACACUCUUGGAGAUAGUUAGGUGAGAUCUGACCUGCCCCCUGAGCCCACUCAGACACUCUUGGAGAUAGUUAGGUGAGAUCUGACCUGCCCCCUGAGCCCACUCAGACACUCUUGGAGAUAGUUAGGUGAGAUCUGACCUGCCCCCUGAGCCCACUCAGACACUCGAGACACCUAUCCCAAAUGGGAAUUACAAAUGUGGCUCAUGCGCACAGUGUAGUAGCACCAUAAAAACAUCUUUCUUCAUACAUUCAUAUACAGCUUGAAAGAUCCCUGUUAGAGGUAUCAUCUCAUGCAAGACCAAGGGAGUAAUCUCAUCACCUGUUCAUGUGGAAAAGCCCACGUAAGACAAACGAAAAGACAAUUAAAACAAUGCAUAGCUGAACACCGCAGCUCAAUCAGGUGUGAGAACAUUGAUUAUCCAGUAGCAGCUCACUUUGUUAAAGCUAACCAUCCCAUCUCCUCCCUCAAAUACACAGGCAUUGAGCAUGUUGCUCUACCAAGGAGAGAAGGUAACAUCGAGAUUCUACUACUACAAAGGGAGACUUACUGGAUAUCCUAUCUAAUAACAUUGACCCCUAGUUACCAGAAUAUUGACUUUGAUCUCAGGCCCUUCUUAUGAACAUAUUUUUCCUUUAUGAACAAGUCUUAUAAAUUGAUAUAUUAUUUCUACAGCUUUUUAGCGUACAACUAAUAUGUUCCCCCUGUUGAUGAUGCUCAUUACACAUUAAGGUUGAACCAAAAGAUUACAUGUAACAAAUAUGAAAUUAUGUGAAAUUGAAUGAAACAAUAAUGUAUGUUGAUGCUAAUAUGAUGUACAAUAUUCCAUGAUGUUUCUAUAUGAUAGCAAUAGUGUAAUAUAUUUAAUAUGCCAUAUAAUAUUUUUUAACAGUUUAACUAAUUCAUUUGAAUUAACUUAAUCAUUAUGAAACACCCCUCACUAUUGUCAUUGGUUGCACUAAUUGCACUGUUUGUCUACAUAACCUGGUUCAAGUAUUCAUGACAUCACCCUGAGGAAGGCACAGUGAUGCUGAAGCAUUGUUAAAUACCUAUUAGGUUGCUGGGGGUUUAUACAUGGAGUGUGUGACUUUCUUUGUUUUGGUAGUUACUAAAUUGAUCAGGAACAUUUUGAAGCUGAGCCAUUUGCUCUGCUGCAUAGCACAGUCAUAUCUGACUAAGAUUAUAACAUGGUGUCCGAAGUGCUUCAACCUCGUCAUUUAAAACAGGAUAGAUUAUUUCACAGAAAACAGUAAGUGUUCCUUGAGUUUUGACAGUUUUCUUUCAUUUCUCUUCACUGAGCAGAGCAGCCCAAGCAGAGCAGUUGCUAUAGAUACUCACAGACUCAAAGCUGCCAUGAGCAUGAAGAGCGAGAUGUGCGCAGGGAGUGAAUGACAGACAGAGAGGAGCAGCUAAUGGAUUUACUAACGGAGGAGGUUAUUUCUGAUUUGGGGUUUCGGGCAGUGCUGGGCCAAGCCUUAAAUCUGUCAGAAGCAAUCGGGCCUGGGUAGGGUAGGGCCUGAUCGUUGCGGGCAUGUGUUGGGCUUGGGUUUAAAAUUCAUUCCUGUGCAGGGCCCCAAGGGGUGUGUGCUCAGCCCCCUCCUAGCUCCAUGAUAACCUAUGACUGCUUGGCUAUGUAUGACUCCAACUCAUUCAUCAAGUUAGCUGACGACACGACAGCCUGUUUACCAACAAUGAUGACAUAGACGACAGGGAGGAGGUGAGGACCCUGGCGGAGUGGUGCCAGAAAAAUAAUCUCUCCCUCAACUUUUUAAAAAAACUAAGGAGUUUAUCGUAGACUACAUGAGACAGAAGAAGGAGCAAGCCCCCAUCCACAUCGACAUGGCUGCAGCGGAGAGGGUCAAAAGCUUCAAGUUCCUUGGCGUGCACAUCACUGAGGACCUUCUUCACCACCGACACUGUGGUGAAGAAGGCACAAUAGCAUCUUUACAACAUCAGGCGGGUGAAGAAAUACGCCAUUGCCCCUAAGACCCUCACUAACUUCUACAGAUGCACCAUUGAGAACAUGCUGUCUAGCAACUGCACCGCCCUCAACCGAAUGGCUCUACAGAGGGUGGUGCGGUCAACCCAACGCAUCACCAGGGGAACGCUGCCUGCCAUCCAGGACAUUUACAGCACUCAGUGUCAAAAGAGGGCCAGGAAGAUCAUCAAGGACGUCAGCCACCUGAGCCAUGGUCUGUUCACUCUGCUACCAUCCAGCAGACAGAGACGGUACAGGUGCAUCAAAGCGGGGACUGAGAGACUGAAAAACAGCCUCUACCUCCAGCCAUCACCCCAUCUCCAGUAAUGGGCGACCAGGAUGUUUAUGACAGAAUGUUUGGGUCCCAGAUAGACAGAGAGAUGAACGAGGAGAAAGAUGAAGAAGGAGAAAGUGAAACGAGGGGGUCGGGGAAAGGCGCUCAGAGUUUCUGCCAGUUCUCGUCCUCUCUGCGUACUGUGGUUCGCAUCAAACAGAAGUACCAGGCCAUGAAGAAACGACGGCUGGAGUUGGCCGGGCUGGGGGGAGGAGGGCUAGUGUUAGGGGCUGGUCUCCACACUGGUGCCCCUGUUCGCAGCAGCCCCAAAAUCUUCACCUUCGAGACCCCCUCCAGCUCCCCCUCUGCCUUAUCGUCGCUCUUCCUAAAGAUGAAGAAGAAGAAGUCGCGGCGGGUCAUGUUCCCCAGUGGAGGGGGGCGCAAGGCCCCCGUCGUACAGGAACACAGCCGAGCAAAGAUCUGCCUCUUCCUCCUCUGCACCAUCCUCUUCUUCCAGGUGUAUAAUGCCAUAGAGAACCUUGAUGACCACGUCCUGAAGUAUGACCUGGGGGGAUUAGAGAAGACUCUGUGUAGGGAGGUGUUUGGCCAGCAGGGGGCGAUGGAUGCUCUGUUAGCCCAGCUCAGAGACUACCUCUCUACCUACGUCCACAGUAAACCCCUUGUCCUCUCCUUACACGGACCCAGUGGCGUGGGGAAGAGCCACGUAGGGCGACUCCUGGCUGGCCACUUCCGCUCGGUGGUAGGAGAGCCCCUGGUUCUACAGUACUUUGUGUUGCACCACUGCCCCCUGGAGGACGAAGCCUGGCGCUGCGCCCGAGCCCUGUCGAUCUUAGUGUCAGAGACAGUGCUGAGAGCAGAGGAGGAGGAGAAAAUUCCUCUUUUCAUCUUUGACGAAGCAGAGCACCUUUAUCCAGAGCUUCUUGAUGCAUUGAGUGACUUGGUCCGCUCAAACCGCUCCAACGAAUACCUGAACGCAGUCUACCUGUUCCUGAGCAACCAAGGACACACCCACAUCACCAUGCACCUGCUGUACAACUCCUCCAGCGACUCCAUGAUGACCACAUCUGGACACCACGGCAAACUCGUCAAGGAGCUGAAUCCGUUGUUGCGCAACACUCUGGUGAAGCUCCACCCACUGUGGGCAGAAGCUGAACUCUUACCAAUGACCCUGUUGGAGAAAGGUCACGUGAUGGAGUGCUUCCUGGAUGAGAUGACAAGGGAGGGGUUCUACCCGGACCGUACCAACGUUGAGAGGCUGGCGGGGGAGAUAGAGUACUACCCUGUGGUAGGGGGCCACGUGUAUUCCCGGACAGGUUGUAAACAGGUGGUUGCUCGGGUCAAUUUGCUAUGAGAGACUUAGAACUGCAGGGAAAUGGUGUGAUUAGAUGAGAUGUCUCCUGAGAAAAGACAGUUCUGGUCCAUAUCCUUUUGGUGUUUCUUAUGAUCCACCAAGCAAACAUUACCAACGUUACAAGCCAGAACCCAUCCUUGAAAAACAUUUUUAAAUAAAAAGGUGUAUGUCUGAGAAUGAGGAGUAUCUCCAUGUCCGAUAAUGUUCUGUAACUGAACCUCCCAAACAUGACCCUUGAUUACUGGAAGAAUAGAUAUUGACCAUUUUGGUAUUAGAGGGGAAAGAGAGAGGUGAGGUUGGGAUAAUAUCCUAGCCUGCACAUGUACAGAGUGAAGUCACAAUCAGAUGUUAUGGUGAGACACGGCUGUGCCCUUCUCCUACGAUGCCGUUAGUCAAAAUACUGACGGUAAUAGACAGACCCACUCCUGAUAGAGGACGAGAGAAGUGAUUGGACCAAAUGAGUCUGGCUGUGGCAUUGACAACAGCAGAUCAGGAAAAUGUGAUGCAGUAUUUGAUGCAUUUUGUUAACAAAAAUAAUGUGUUGAUUAAACUACCAUCCUGUCUAAAUGAUUCAUCUGUCCGGUCGACAGUGACCAAGGGUUUGGGACAGACUGCAGUCUGUCUGGUCGACAGUGACCAAGGGUUUGGGACAGACUGCAGUCUGUCUGGUCGACAGUGACCAAGGGUUUGGGACAGACUGCAGUCUGUCUGGUCGACAGUGACCAAGGGUUUGGGACGGACUGCAGUCUGUCUGGUCGACAGUGACCAAGGGUUUGGGACAGACUGCAGUCUGUCUGGUCGACAGUGACCAAGGGUUUGGGACGGACUGCAGUCUGUCCGCUCGACAGUGACCAAGGGUUUGGGACAGACUGCAGUCUGUCCGGUCGACAGUGACCAAGGGUUUGGGACAGACUGCAGUCUGUCUGGUUGACAGUGACCAAGGGUUUGGGACAGACUGCAGUCUGUCUGGUCGACAGUGACCAAGGGUUUGGGACAGACUGCAGAAGCAGAAUUAGAAAUUCAAAAUACAUAUGGAAACUAUUACAACAACCAAAUACUGCAAUUCUCACUACUAUUCUCACUUCAGCGUGAAAAUAUUCUCAUGUCUUCUGAGAAACAAAAGACAUGACAUGAUCAAGUCAAUGUGUUUAUUUAUUAGAAUUCCAUUACUUGAAGUUGGAAAAAAUGUGGUACUGUGUCUAAACACACAAAAUCAAAGUGAUUCACAAUUAUGUCAACAAAUGGAAAGAAAACAAAUAAAUGGAUAACUGGU